UCUAUAUCCUCAUCCAACCUCACGAACCAGAGAUCCCAUAACACAACCCAACGGGGGGAAAACCAACUACUACAAAAUGACCACCUCCAUCCGCCCCUCCACCCCCACCCGCACCACCACUCUCCUCACCAACCUCGCAACCGUAACAGCCCGCAUCAACACCGCAACCACCUCAUCUCCAAAAACCACCCCACCCCGUCUCGUCGCCGUCUCCAAACUCAAACCCGCCAGUGACAUCCUCACCCUCCACACCACCAACCCACCCACACAUCAAACCCACUUUGGCGAGAACUACCUCCAAGAACUCCAAGAGAAAGCCCGUCUCCUCCCCACCACCAUAAAAUGGCACUUCAUCGGCGGCCUGCAGAGCAAUAAAUGCGUGACUCUGGCGCGAGAUACUCCCGCGCUCUGGGCCGUCGAGAGCGUAGAUAGUACUAAGAAGGCGUCGUUGUUGGAUAAAGGGUGGGGGGAGAGGAGUGCUGAGGUGAAGGAGACCAAUCAUGAAGAGAGGUUGAGGGUGUUCGUGCAGGUGAAUACCUCUGGGGAGGAGAAUAAGAGUGGGGUUGAGCCGGGCGACGGCGCGCUGGAAUUAUGUCGCUUUAUUAGGGAUAAGUGUCCCCGGUUGCGGUUGCAGGGGGUUAUGACCAUUGGGGCAAUUGCCAGGUCGAAGGCUACCACGCCGGAGAAUGAGAAUGAGGAUUUUGUGUGUUUGAGGGAGACCAGGGAUCGUGUGGUCAAGGAAUUGGGUUUGCUGGGGGAGGAGGCCAACUUGGAGUUGAGUAUGGGUAUGAGUGAGGAUUUCGAGGGCGCUAUUGCUCUGGGUAGUGAUGAGGUUCGCGUUGGGACGACUAUCUUUGGGGAUAGGCCGCCCAAGGAUCAGGCCAGGGUGGUUUGAGUCCAUGAAAAGGUGUUACGAAUCACGACGUGUUCUAUAAGCAUCAUGCAUUCUAGGGGGAUAAAAAGAGACGGGAUAGGAAGGGAAACCAAGACAGUAACUUCGACUGCUGCCUGUACAUUAAGAUGAAAGAAAAGAACAAGCGUCCCGCAUGUCCCAGGUAUAUAUGUGCGAUAUCAAUAAUAAAUACACCCCCCGCCAACUGCCACCUGGCGGAGU